UCGAUUAGUUAAAUAUAUACCUUUCACGACUCGUGUACAAUGUUUGACAAUCCGGUAUUAUCGUAACUAUAUUGUUUUUGUUGUCCACGUCAUUUCUUCCUCAUAUGUCGGAUAUUUAAUAAAAAGAGAGCUGAUUCGCGACAAGAUAUUCGCACAAGAAUUGCGUACGAAACAAUGCAUGCGGAAAUGGAAGAAUAUUAUUUCAUAAAUAAAUUCUUCUUGUCGCGAAUUGGCGCUUGGCCAUAUCAGCAUAAAGUACUCAAGGUUUUGUUACCAUGUUUUUUAACAAUAGUACAAUAUUCCGUCAUCGCAACUGAGAUAAUUUUAUUACAUGAUACAUGGGGUGAUGUAGAUAUAGCUGUCGAAAGUGUAAUUAUCAUCAUUCCCAUUGUUGGUGCCAGUACAAAAUUGAUUAAUAUCGUUGUAAAUAAUGAUAAGUUUCGACAUUUAUUACGAAUCAUGAACGAACAUUGGAGUAUUUUUAGUAGUGAAUCUGAACGUUAUAUUUUGAAAUAUUAUGCUAAAAUCGGCCGAAAAGUGACGAAAUAUUACGCAGUAUAUUGUUGUACAAUUUUGGUGCUGUAUUUAUUUAUUCCAUUAAGUCCAAGAAUCUUAGAUAUGGUAAUACCAUUGAACGAAUCACGACCAUUGAAAUACAUAUAUCAAGCCGAAUACAGAGUGGACAAAGAUAAAUAUUAUUAUCCGAUUUUAUUUCAUGCUUAUAUGUCGAGUGUGAUCACUGUCGGGAUCAUAUUAUCUAUCGAUACCAUGUAUGUAAUAUGUGUGUUACAUGCUUGCAGUUUAUUCACAGCUAUUAGCCACCGUCUUGAAAAUAUUGUUGGUCAAACAGAUGUUAAGACUGAUGAUAAUGAACAAAUACGCACAAGAACGCACUAUCAUUUAUCAAUAGAAAGAUACGAUUCUAUAAACGAGGACUAUCGUGAAUUGAUGAUAUGCUUGAGAAAACAUCAACUCGCAUUAGAACAUGUUCGGAUACUAGAUUCUACAUUCACACACGCGAUGUUUAUUCUUCUAUCUCUGAAUGUGCUGAUUAUGAGCGUAAUUGGAUUACAGCUUAUUAAUAAACUAGGACAUACAGAAGAAGUUAUAAGAUACAUUUGCGUAACAGUAGGUGCAUUUACUCAUCUUGUAUGCAUGUGCUUUCCCGGACAGUUGCUGAUAGACAGAAGUGCAGAAAUUUUUGAGAAAGCGUACUGUUCGCAGUGGUAUACAUUCUCCAUAAAAAGCAGAAGAUUGUUAAAAAUUCUUCUUUACAGAAGUCUCGUUCCUUGCACACUCACGGCUGGAAAGAUGUUUGUUAUGUCAAUGACUAUGUGCAGCUCGGUGAUGCAAACUGCCAUGUCGUAUUUUACUACCUUAGGAUCUCUGAGAGACAUGCUAAAAUAUUAUUCUAGAAAUCAAUAUUUUUUGUCGCAAAUGGGUAUUUGGCCUUAUCAGCCUAGGAUGAUAAAGAUAUUGUUACCAUGUUUCCUAGUAGGCGCUGAGAUGUCUGUUCUUGCAACUCAGAUACUUUUGCUGUAUAAUACUUGGGGAGACUUAAGCAUGACUAUCGAAGGUAUAAUCACCUCUAUUCUUCUUGUUGGUGCCACUACAAAAUUAGUUAAUGUUGUUACGAAUAACAAAAAGUUACAAUAUUUGUUACAAGUAAUGAACGAACAUUGGCGGCUCUUUCAUAGCGAGUGCGAGCUUCAUAUUUUGAGGUAUUAUGCUACCAUUGGACAAAAAGUGACAAAAUAUUAUUCAGUGUAUAUUAACAUAUUCGUAGUAUUGUUUAUGUUAAUACCGUUAAUGCCAAAAGUUCUAGAUGUCAUAAUACCGUUGAAUGAGUCACGGCCGGUUAUAUAUGUGCUUGAAGGAGAUUGGGGAGUAGACAAAGACAAAUAUUAUUUUCUAAUUUUAUUGCAUUGCUAUCUUGCAGCUGUGAUUAGUACCAGAUGUAUGGUGAACGUUGAUACUAUGUAUAUGAUGUGUGUGUUACACGGUUGUAGUUUAUUUAACGCUAUCGGCAUGAGUCUUGAAAAUAUUUUGUGUAAGACUAAACUUGUGCAAGACGAGGAAAUAAUGAACAUAGAACAGGCAGUAAUAAAAGAAUAUAAUUCUCAAGAUUAUUGCGAGAUGAUUGCAUGCUUAAGGAAACAUCAACUCGCAAUAAAAUAUACUCAGAUGCUAGACUCUACAUUUAAAAGUGCGACAUUUCUUAUCUUAGUUUUGAAUAUAAUGAUUCUGAGUCUAAUUGGAUUACAACUUAUCAACAAAUUCGGGCAAACGCAAGAAGUGAUAAGGUUUGGAUGCAUAGCUAUGGGAUCGGUCACUCAUCUCUUGAGCAUGUGUUUACCCGGACAACUACUUCUAGAUAAAAGUAUAGAAGUGUUCGAUAAAGCGUAUAAUGCACAAUGGUACAUGUUCUCGCUGAAAACGACAAAAUUAUUAAGCGUACUCCUUUAUAGAAGUGUCGUGCCUUGCACGUUGUCGGCUGCGAACAUGUAUAUUAUGUCAAUGACUACGUUCAGUUCGGUGAUGCAAACGGCCAUGUCAUAUUUUACAACCUUUUUAUCAGUCAGUUAGACAUAAAUUUGCGCAAAAUAAUCGCGAUUAU